CAUCGAAUCGCUCCUCCCCUCCCUCGCGCUGCGUCGUCGAUCUCACACAGUCUCCCUCCCUCCCUCCCUCCCUCCCUCGCAUCGCAAGCAUCAUCAUCAUCGCAGCAUCGGAAGUCAGCACCAGGGUUGAGUUUGACAGGGUCAUUAUCAUCGGUGUGCGUUAAAUGCCCAUCGUGGAUUGCCGUGGAUUUUGAAAUUUUGAGUUAGCCGCCGAAGGGUUGCGAUGGAGUCUGGCGCCGGAUUUUUUUCGACCACAUUGUAGAACAAAAUGCCGGGCCACAAUCAUAAGAAGAAUCACCACAAGAAAAAACACCACGAGACUCACGAGAAAACCAUGAGUCCUCACGAGCAAGCCGGCAUCGACGGUCUCACUGUGGUGACGAACAGUUCCGAGAAGAACAACGGCCAAUCAGUAAACCAUGCAGCUAGCGGUGAUGAGGGCGACACAUUUGCAUCGGCCAACUCUACUCCCCGCUACCCUCACAGUGGUUCAGUGUCUCGAGAAGGUUCCAUUUCUCCGCCCUCAAUGUCUCCUCGAGUCGCAGAUAUACCUCCAGCCUCUCCGAAACACGAUGUAUCUGAUGAUCAUGCCGUCUCUCAGACAGCUCUUUCUACUGAGAAUUCUAAGACUCAAAUCCUUCACGAUUUGAAUGAAAACUUGUUGAAACAAGUUAAAGGUCUUAGAAGUGACAAAGAUAAUCUUGCGAAGAAGGUGGCAGAAUUGGAGGAGCAGCUCAAUGCGGUUAAUGAUACUGAAGCGAAGAGAAUCGCCCCUACAUCUGAACAUUCUAUUGAAGUCGAUCAACAGAAGCCUCAAAUAUCAGAAACUGAGUUUUUGACGCUGAAGGAGUUUGCUACAACUGUAGCUGACGAGAAAGACGCACUGAUGAAGGAAAGAGAUUCUCUUAUUUCUGAGAAGAAUCGCUUGGAAGAAACUGUAUCCAAGUUUAGGGUUGAAUCUGAGGAGGUAGAGAGGUCUUCUACUGCUGCCAACCAAAGGGUUCUCGCUCUGGAGAAAGAAACUGAAUCCUUAAUGACGGCAAAGGAAGAUUUGGUCGCGCUGCAAGAAAGUGCAUCGAAGCUUAGUACAGAAAAGUCCUCUUUAUUGGAGGAGAAAGCUAGUCUUCUAUUGGAGAAGGAAGCGCAAGAAAAGCGCUUGUCUGCAUUAGAGGAAGAACUUGCGGAAGCUAAAAAGUCUGCCGGAAUUACUGAAGACGAGAUUAGUACUCUGAAAGAGAAGGUGAAGUCUCUCGUUGCUGAGAGUCACGAACUUCGGGAGUCACAAAUACAUGAGAAAGAUUUUCUGGCCUUGAAGGAUAAUGUAAUGGAAUUGACCCAGAGCAGAGAUGCCGUUUUGAAAGAAAAGGAAUCUCUUUCAUGUGAGAAUGAAAGGUUACAGCAGGAAAUCAGCGAGAGGAAGAGUGAGCUCGACGAAGCUGAGAAGCGUUUCGUGGUUGCUGAAGAGCGAGCUCAAUCUUUGAAGGAAGAAGUCAAAUCACUAUCUUUCAAAGUCGAGGAGCUUCUGGCACAAUCGGCUGGGUUUCGGCAAAAUGCCUCGGAGUUGAGUCAAGAGAGAGAUGCGCUUGUCAAGGAAAAAGACUCCCUUCACUCUGAGAAGAGGGUUUUGGAAGAUGAUCUGAAGAGAUCCAAACAAGACCUCGAGGAUGCUGGAAAGGAAAAGAAAAUCUUGGUGGAAAGAGUGGAGGCUUUGGAGAAAGAUGCAGAAUCACUAAAGCAGGCAAAUAGGGUGCUCAUUGGUUCACAGAUACCGGAAGUUGAGUUUCUAUCUUUGAAGGACAGUGUUACUAGAUUGUCGCAGGAGAAGGCUGCAGUAGAGGAAGAGAAGGGUGUGUUGCUUUCUGAGAAGAGGGAAUUAGAAGAUGCUCUUUUUAAGUCAAGGCAGGAGCUGGAAGAAGUAAAGAAGCUUAGUUUCGUCGCUCAGGAAAGAGUACCUACUCUUGAGAAAGACAUCGAAGGGCUUGGUGUAGAUCUCUCUAAGUUCAAGAAGGCCGCUGAGGAACUUGAGUUUGAGAAUGGGAGGAUCAGGAACGAGAAUACAAGACUUGAAGGAGUUUUGACGGAUGCACAUUCUCAGGAGGAAGUCUAUAACAGAAAGGUCAAGGACCUUGAGGCUAAAGUCAAAGAGCUGAGCACAGAAUUAGAGUCAUCUGACAUGACAAUGUCAGAAUUGCGCGAGGAACUUUUGGUUGCAAAAGAGCAGUCGACUGAGCUUGCCGCGUCAUUGGAAAAGAAGCAUAAAGAAUGUAGUAUUCAAGAGGAGGAUGUAGUGAGCAAAGUUACCUUUCUGGAAAGUACAAUCUCUUCCUUAAAGCAGGAGCUUGAACAUGUGAAACAAAAAUCAGCAGAAUCCUCUGCAUUGGUUGAAUCCAAAUCGAAGGAGUUUGAUGAGAGAGUAGAGAGCCUUGAUAACCAGAUCCUGCAUUUGCAAGAUGAAUUGGGAACCGCUAAGAGUGAAGCAUCUGAAGCCAAUGAUAUAUUGGCUUUUAAGACUAGAGAGUUCUGUGAGAAGGUACAGGAACUGGAAACCCAAACUAUAAGUUUACAAGAGAAGUUGAAAGGUGCUAAAUCCGAAGCAAUGGAGGCUGCUGCAAGGUUUGAAAUAGAGCAAGAAAUUUUCGAUUCUCAUACUAAGGAACUCACAGGAAAGUUGAAGGAGUUGCAGAGCAGGGUCGAGCUUUUGGAAAGUCAGCUGCAGACGGAAAAAUACAAAGCAGCGGAGGCCGCACAAACAUAUAAGGAUGAUGGGCAAGACUUUUCCUUGAAGAUCUCAACUGCCAGUGCUGAAAAUGAGAAGCUCAAGGCUGACCUCGGGUAUUCUGCGGAUACGAUUCAAAGCCUACAAGAGACAAUUGCAAGUUCACAUGCGAAAUGCGAGGAACUGCUUGCUGAACUUACAGAGCUCAAGAAUGGUAGGGACAAAUCUUUAGAGCUGGACUCAUGGCAGUCACAAGUUAAAACUCUUGAAGAAACUCUGGAGAAUGCUAAAUGGGAAGCGAGGAAAAAAGAGAAGAUGUACGAAGAGCUAGAGUUGGCGAAGUAUGAAUCCGACAAGAGGACAGAAACAACUAAGUAUAUACUACCAGCUGCAACGGCAACAGGAGCUUUGGCUGCCACAGGAUUGAUGCUUAUUCUCAAAGCAGUUAGUCGCCAGUAGUGAACAUUCCUUUCUGAGAUAGACUUAGUUGUUAGCGAAUCCGGUUACUUGCGUGUCGUGUUCCAUUCUUUACCUCCUCUUCGUGCUAUUUUAUUCCCUUCGUCUAUUUUAUAGAAGUCUAUUAGUCGGAUUCAGUCCUUUAUAAACCUAUUCAAUUGUGCUGAGCCAGACUCUACAGAUUCUGAUGUAAAGUUGUGGCAAUGAUGUAAGAGUUUAAUGCGAGUCGUGCAUUCGAUUGGUUACGCUGGUAGAGUGGGUUAGAGCAAGCGUACAGGAAUUCUGGGGUGAUAAGCGAACAGCGGACUAGACGUUCCUUGGGGAAGUUAGAUAGAGUAGAGUGCCUGAGAGUCGUGCACAGAAAUGUCGAGGGCUGGUGUCUGUAAGGUUGGGAGGAGGUUGACAGCUACGAAUGUUGUCUGUUGGGUUUUGGAGGUGGACUGUGGAAAAUGGAGGGAGGGAUAAGCUGAACGCUGUGUGGGAGGCAAGAGUGAGGUGAGUUUGAGAAGCGACCCAUUGAAAGAGGAUUUUGUAGCAUUGCAGGUUUCGAGCAGAUGUUUAAUUUGAGCAGCCAACACAAGGAAGUAAUUGGCUUUCCUGCCGGCCAAGUGACAUGACCAAGUAUUAGUUCGUGGAGAAGAUAACGAUAGUCUGGCGUGGGUAUACUCGCUGCAUGUUUGCUUCGGAAGUGCUGGAUUCGCUCAAGCAAACUUGGGAGGGAACUCGGUAGGGUGUUCGAAAGCUCAUUGGUAUGGCAGCAUGUAUACAUCGUCUAGUACCGCAAAUUUUGUGUUCUUCGAAGUCCGUUCUGAAGGUCCUGUAAUUUGGCAAUUUAACGCACCUGACUGCUCAAUUUCUUUAAAAUUCCUGGCACAUCUGACCAUCCUGAGGUUUUUAUUGUGUCCCUACUUCUGUCCUGAAGGUAGAUAGUUGUUUACUUGAAUGUGAACUAGGAAAUGUAUAUGAAGGAUGUCUUACAGGCCCUCAACACAGAAGCUGGUGCACUCAAGAACAUCACAAUAACUGCAACAGUUCUUUGCUGGAUCCGCUGAAUAUAUUCACUAUUCACUCUUGUAUUGUGUUCUUUGGAGAUCUCUUCAAACAUCUUCUGAGUGUCCUAAAACGUGCUUCGAUAGUUGACUCUUUUUGAACAAUGACAGAAACUCAGGUUUUGAGUUGCAUAGUUUUAAAUGUGGAAGUAGGGGAGAUAAGGCAAAAUAGUUUGAAGGUUAUGGUUGUAAUUGGAGAUAGUUGAUACAUCUAUAUCCGAAACAGUGUGCAAAAUACCAGAGAAGCGAAAAGCCUAUAUUUCAUUUUU